AUGGUGGCCAACGGUACAAACGGCUACGCAGUACGCACAGUAAUGGAAUCAGGACGUCAUCAGAUUAAUCGGAAACCCGGAAACUCCCCCACCCAACGACACAAGGACUGCCUCUUCGUCUGCUCGUAUAAUUGUCGGACUAUUGCAUCGGAUGCUGAUCUCCGAACACUUCUGCUGAGGAGUCGUCAGAUCAAGUACGAUGUUAUCGCUAUACAAGAAACGAAGGGCAGAACGGAAACCAUUAGGAAAACCGAUCACAACGAGCUGCUUAUUGUUGGAGCCAAGGUGGAUGGCAAGAAUGUCGGCGGAGUUGGAUUUCUCAUAAACCAGGCAGUGGUCCAUCUAGUAGACUCUCACAAAAUCAUCAGUCCACGCAUCGCUGUUCUACGCUUGCUGACCAAAGAUCAAGGAGCCAUAUCCAUUAUCAAUGGAUAUGCACCCACCUCCACCGCCACUGACGAAGAACGCGAAGAAUUUUACCAGCUUCUGGAAGAUACGAUUCAGAAUGAGAGAACUUACUACAAAUCGUACCUUCGUCAAUUUCCUCGCUCCUGCGGUUCAAGUUGGUACCAUCGAAAACGUCGAUUCCGAAAGGUGUAG